AUUACAGCUCACUGUAGAGAGAGAGAGAGAGAGCAACAAUGUGUGGAAAACAGUAGUAUUAUAAAACACUGUCUAUCAUUGAAGCUAGCGCGGUCAUUCAUUGUUUUGUUAAAUACUUCUCAGAGGGUCUGGUUUUGGCAUUUCAAGCUCUGAUCUCAGAAAAAUGUUCAGUUUUUCUCGUAGAAAAUUGAAGCAUACAAGAUUGAAAGUCCAUCUACCGGACACUGCUCAGGGAACUCGAAGUCCCAUAAGACAGACGAAGAAGACUAGUGGAUCAAAAAGUGAAUGUGCUGCACCUCCAACUAGUGCUUCUGAUGAACUCAAUCACCAGUGUUCGUCUUCUGCUGCUGCACCUGAGAUUAGUAAUUGUGCUUCUGGUAACUUGGAGAAUUGGAUGGUGUUGUCAAUUGCUGGAGAAAAACCUACUCCUCGAUUUAAUCAUGCGGCAACUCUGAUUGGGAACAAGAUGAUAGUGGUCGGUGGUGAAUCUGGAAAUGGGUUGUUGGAUGAUGUACAGGUGCUUAAUUUCGAUAGAUUUACCUGGUCAACAGCAUCAUCAAAGAUUUACUUGUCACCAAGCAGUCUGCCACUAAAGAUUCCUGCUUGCAAGGGCCAUAGUCUGGUUUCUUGGGGAAAAAAGGUUCUCCUGAUUGGAGGAAAGACUGAACCUAACAGUGACAGAGUUUCAGUGUGGGCAUUUGACACUGAAACGGAGUGCUGGUCACUUAUAGAAGCAAAGGGUGACAUACCGGUCGCUCGUAGUGGUCAUACUGUGGUAAGGGCAAGCUCUGUUUUACUCCUAUUUGGGGGUGAAGAUGCUAAAAAGAGGAAACUAAAUGAUCUACACAUGUUUGAUUUGAAAUCUUUGACAUGGCUUCCUCUUCAUUACACAGGAACAGGGCCAUCUCCAAGAUCUAACCAUGUGGCAACUCUUUAUGAUGAUAAAACUCUUUUUUUAUUUGGAGGAGCAUCAAAGUCCAAGACUUUGAAUGACUUGUACUCUUUUGACUUUGAAACGAUGGUAUGGUCAAGAAUAAAGAUACGCGGUUUCCAUCCAUCACCAAGGGCCGGUUCCUGUGGAGUCCUGUGUGGAACUAAAUGGUAUAUAGCGGGGGGUGGAAGCAGGAAAAAACGACAUGUGGAGACUUUGAUCUUUGAUGUUUUAAAGGUUGAGUGGUCUGUGGCUGUUGCAUCACUGCCAUCUUCCAUCACCACCAACAAGGGUUUCAGCCUAGUUCUUGUACAGCACAAGGAAAAGGAUUUUCUUGUUGCCUUUGGGGGAUCCAAAAAGGAGCCGUCAAAUCAGGUUGAGGUCCUGCUAAUGGAAAAGAGUAAAUCAUCCAUGGGACAAAGAUCUAUCCCUGGAAAAGGUACAGGAGCUCUGCUAUUUGAGAAACGCUUAUCGUCCACAGGAUUGGCUGCUCACCUUAGUAAUGAUUCUUCCCAACGUUCUGUUGAUUCUGUUGCUCGACAAAAUCUAGCAUCGGCCAUUGAACAACAUGGUUCAGGAAGAAAAUCUUUGUCAGAGUCAAUUGUUGAUCCAAAUUCUGUUCCCGGCAAUGUUUCACUUCGCAAGCAAUUUCAUAAUGAGGAAGAAUACAAAAUGCCUUUUAAGAUGGCAAAUGGAUCAGAAGAUGACAAUUCUUCCUUACAGGCAACAGAACAAAGAAUUAAUCGAUCUAACACGGGAAUUCAGACUAACAUAACUGGAGGCAAACUCAAUGCAGAGGAAGCCUCUUUGUAUGAAUCUGAUAAUGCAUUUACUCAUAACCACAGAAUUGGAAAUGUUCCAGUUGAAUUUGAGGAUGUGGCAUUCCCAGAAAGUGAUAUCAAAUCUGGAGUGUUUUCAACUUCUUCCAGUGUAUAUCAAUUUUACGAAUUAAAUAUGGCUACCUUAAUAAGGAAGAAUGGAAUGCUAGAAGGACAGUUGGCAGCUGCAGUGGCAAGCCGAGAAGCUGCAGAAAGGAAUUUGUCAUCUGUUCUCAAAAGCAGACAGGAGAUAGAGAAAAAAUUGGCAGACACUGUGAAGGGGAUGGAGUUACUAAAAGAGAAGCUGGCUGGUGUAGAGAUGGCACAAGAAGACGCUAACAGCCUAUCAAAUAUAGUCCACUCUGACAAUAUAAGGCUUGAGCAUGAUGUGGCUUUCCUGAAGGCAGUCUUGGACGAUACUCAGAAGGAGCUGCACUCAACUAGAGGAGUUCUUGCAGGAGAAAGGGCAAGGGCCUUCCAACUACAGGUCGAAGUCUUUCAUCUCAAACAAAGAUUGCAAUCUAUGGAGAACAGAGCGCCCACCCCAAGGAAACCUUUCAAUGUGUAGUGUGGAGAAUGGAGAACAAAUCUGAAUGAUCAAGGCCAUCCAUCAACAGUGAGUAACAGGCUGUCUUAUGGAAGACCGUGGGGGACAGGCAAUAUAAGAUAACCAUGGUGGGAAUCGUUGGACAAAACCCAGAACUAUCUAGCCUGUAAAACCACCUCAAUUGUCCAACUGGAAGCAAUAAUCUACAUUUUCAAGCUUAGCGUUAGAGAAUUUUAGUAAUUCAGUUCUGUACAUAAGUGAAGCUAAUGUGACUUGGGAACGUGUGUUUUGUAGUAAUAUUUUGUUUGUCUUUUAUAAUAGCUAAAGAAAACACUUCCACCAUACUUGCCUCAUUUAUUGGAAGACCAAUUUAACGGCCAAAAAGAAGUUAAUCUU